AUGCCUCGCGAGAUCGUCACAGUACAGCUUGGCCAGUGCGGAAAUCAAGUCGGCUCUGUAUUCUGGCAACGCCUGUGCGCUGAGCACGGAAUCAACCAAGAGGGUAUCCUCGAAGAAUGGGCCACCGAGGGCGGAGACCGGAAAGACGUAUUCUUCUACCAGGCGGACGACGAGCACUAUAUACCGCGCGCUAUCCUCGUUGAUCUUGAACCUCGCGUGAUCCACAACAUCCUCACAUCGCCAUAUGCCGGACUGUAUAACCCAGAGAACAUAUUUUUGUCGAAAGACGGUGGUGGUGCGGGUAAUAACUGGGCACAGGGAUACGCGGCUGGCGAGCGGCUGUACGAAGAUAUCAUGGAGAUGGUCGACCGCGAGGCUGAAGGCAGCGAUUCACUAGAGGGCUUCAUGGUCAUGCACUCAAUUGCGGGUGGCACGGGCUCUGGUCUCGGCUCAUUCUUGCUCGAGCGUCUAAACGACAAGUUUCCCAAGAAGUUGAUCCAGACUUACUCAGUCUUCCCGAACGCGCAAGAAGGAGAUGUCGUCGUGCAACCGUACAAUGCACUACUGACACUCAAACGACUCACGAACCAUGCGGACUCGGUUGUUGUCCUCGAUAACGGCGCUCUUGCACGGAUUGCGGCCGACAGGCUACACGUUCAAACGCCGUCGUUUGAUCAGACGAAUCAACUUGUUGCUACUGUCAUGGCGGCCAGCACUCAAACUCUACGAUACCCUGGCUACAUGAAUAACGACCUUGUCGGCAUCAUUGCUUCCCUCAUCCCGACACCAAGGUGUCACUUCCUCAUGACCUCAUACACCCCCUUCACAAACGACUCCGUCGAGCAGGCCAAGACUAUCCGACGAACAACGGUGCUCGACGUUAUGCGUCGACUAUUGCAACCAAAGAACCGCAUGGUUUCGACCACACCCAGCAAAACAGCGUGUUACAUCUCCAUCCUCAACGUCAUCCAAGGCGACGUUGAUCCAACGGAUGUCCAUCAGUCUCUGCUCCGUAUCCGCGAACGUCAGCUUGCCAACUUCAUUCCAUGGGGCCCUGCGAGCAUCCAAGUCGCGCUCACACGGCGAUCACCAUACGUGACGACGAAUCACCGCGUGAGCGGGCUCAUGCUCGCGAAUCACACGAGCAUUGCCAGCUUGUUUAAGCGCAUGUUGGAUCAGUUCGAUAGGCUACGGAAGCGCAAUGCGUUCAUGGAGCAGUAUAAGAAGGAGCGGAUGUUCGAGAACGGGCUUGAGGAGUUUGACGAUGCUCGCGCUACGGCUGACGAAUUGCUCAAGGAGUACAAGGCUUGUGAGAGUCCUGACUACAUCUCCUACGGUUCACCAGAAGGAGAGCAAACGGGUUAG